AACUUGAACGGAUUUCAUUAGUGUCUCUGACUUUGUAAGUUCGGGUAUUGCUUCGCGGCUCCACGCUUGGACAACAGCCCAAAACAAAACAUUUCAUUGUUCUAAGCAUUCGGUGUUAUCAGCAUAUCCACAACAACCUCACGCAGAACCACAUCAAAUCACAGGAAGGAAGUUUGCAUAAACUCUCUUGAAAAUUAACAAUAUUCUGUUCUAAGUUGGAAGCAGUUUCUCGUUUAAGAAAUAGUUUUUGCUGCAGCAGUGCCUAUUUAUGUGUUUGUGCACAUUAUGUAGUAUGUAUCUGUCGUGGCUCGUUACAUAAAUUCAUAUGAACUUGCAUACAAAUUGGUGCGACGAAAUGCUGGAGUUAUUUUUAACGCGAGUAUUACCCAAAUACACAUUGCGUAUGAAAAUAAGGUUUUCAAUUCUUGUGGUGAAGGACGUUGAAGGCGUACGUCAGACGCUGAAAUUUGCCACAUCAUAUUGAAAUUACAUUCACAACAAUCCCAAAGAUGGCCUCUCCUACUCUAAAACAAGGGAAUAGAGUCAGCCAAUCAUCAAAUUCGUCAACAUCACGGGUCAGCAUGACAACAUCACAGGCAGACGAAAACUUCGUCGAAUCAAAGCUAUUUAGUUGGAUGCGCCUUUUUCGCUUUGCCUCACUCCUGUGUCGAGCUGAAUAAACCAGAUACCAUAUAUGGAAGCAUGAACUUCGCCACAUCAUAGCCAGUAAUUUAAAACAAUAAUUAGACUAUUCAAAUUGUCGCAAUUAGUAAUGUAGUGGUUAUUGCUGUUACCGUUAACAAUGUUUAGUUAAUACUAA